UAUGUGAUAUGACAACAAUUUGUGGAUGAAGCAAGGCACAUAUAUGUUAUUGAAAAGAUUUUGUAAUUACGGUUGUGACAGCGCAUCAUUUGCACGAUAAUUAACAGAUAAAGGUAAAGUACACAUUUUAACGCAUUUGUUUUUUAAAAGAUACGUUGCAAAUUUGAGGAAAAACUCGUGGAGAGAAUCCUAACCUAGUCCUGGCAUUCAUGCACUGGAAAAAGUCUUAUUGUAUUAAUUAGAAUUCUCAAAUUCAAUCAGAAAGAUACAAAUCCAGAUACUCAUAGUAUCUAAAUCUAUCAAACAUUUUUGUCGAGAUAACUAGAAAUUCUCUAUCGAUAAUCAGAAUUCUGAUUGAUAUAAGAAUUUGUUUUGUUAAUACAAUCGGAACAUUUUUUUCAAGGUAGUUCUCAUCUUUAAGAUCAAUCUAGUCUCUUGUUAAUUUUGUGUCAGAAAUCGUUUAUUAGCGGAGUAACCAUUAAAAUGGAGAAAAAUGAAGAUGACAACAAUGAGAGUAAUAACAAUAGUAAAAAGAAGGAAGGCAAGCUUCCUUUUGGUAGCAAAGAGAACGCCAUUACAGUAUUGAAUGAUCUCUUUAAACAUGGACAGAAUCUUCCUUUUAAUAGCAUUCUGGGUAUGUCUGUGGAUGAACGCCAAUCUAAAAUGCAUUCAGCGCUCGAAUUGACACAGACUUUCCUUGAGAACAAACCUUCGAUAGUUGGCUGGUUACGCAGUAAUGUAUUCGAGGAAUCCGAAUGUAAUGUACCUAUGGCAUUGUUAUUCAUCGCAUUGUACGAGCAGCAUUCAUUGCCUCAUCAAAAGAAAACAGAAUGUGACUUUAGUGAAGUGUACCAGUUUCUUUAUAAAAUGACGACGAAUCAGCCGGCACCACAACUUUCACAUAAUUCCGCGACCGUGUUACACAAAUUAUUAUCAGAAAUAAUAGAGGAGGUGUGGCCAAACACACAACCGGAUCUUCUGAGAUAUCUAAGUAAAAUACAUAUCUACAGUAGAUCGCCAAUCAGAAGAACAUAUACACGAAAAAACAUUUAUUUCAGGAAUGAUGCCGGAUAGAAGAAAACAGCAGAAAACUGUUCGUCUUAGAUCUAAUAAAAUGAUAUAAAUCGUAGAUUUAUAAUCUUGAAUUCUCCAAGUUAAUUUUUUUUUUUUGGAGUUUGAAUAUUCGAAAUCCUCAAAAGAAUUGUAAGACUUAAAAAUAGAUUACGAU